AUGCCCAUCUGCAGUGGCGUCCCAUCUUCUCCGCCUACUAUCCAUCUCUGCCAGCGACGUCGCUGUGCUCAUCACCGCACGGUGUCUAAAUUAAGUCAAUUAAGCAAGCUUGUAUGGGAUAAUAACAAUGCCAGUGAAAGUGUGGCGGCAGAUCGAUUACAUACCAUGUUCCUUGCAAUGGCAGAUGCAAGGGCCGUUCUGAUAAAACUGGCUGAUCGAUUGCAUAACAUGAUUACUUCUGCUGUAGAAAAACUAGAGCAAGCUUUGAAGGAUGAGGCCAUUUCUUAUCACUGCUUGUCAGGGAGACACAAGAGCUUUUAG